GUUAAAUAUCUGGAUGUUCGAACAUUCGUGAGACUUUGAUUGUGAUCAAUUUUCCAGCUGCAGUCUCAAGACAUAUUAAAAACGAAAGGUUAUGCUCGGUGCGUUCCAUGCUCCGUAGAAUAUAAACUCGUUUCAAUCUAUAUAAAUAAGAACAUGCGACGAGACACAGUGACAUUUACAACCAUGGACAUCUUACUGCUACUUGCAAUUUUGCCUUUAGCUCUAGCAUGUGUUUUUGCAGACGAAACAAAUCUGCCUUUAGAUAAUAUUUACAAAACACCAGAGGUUGCAAAUUGUGAAAGAAGAGCUAAGGAUGCACCGGUGGACCAAGACCUGGCGUCGGAGGCGUGCUUAAGGGUAUUCCUAGACAGCCGGGUUAAGCCAAACUUGUUGACCGAGUCAGAUCUACUUUUAUUCGAAGAGUUCGCCAACAACAGGUUUGGAAUAAAGGCCCCACGAUCCGGUUUUCGAAUGAGGAAAGAAGUACGCCUCCUCACUAAAGACGAACGGCAAAAGUUUUUCAAUGCAUUACUGAAGAUCUACAAGAAUGGCGACAUGGCUCGGUUCGGUCGAAUGCAUGGACAACAGCUCCUGCGAAAACAUAAGGGUGCAGGGUUCUUAGGUUGGCACCGCAUCUUCCUCGCCGCUUUUGAAGAGAAGUUACGAGAGGUAGAGCCGGGCGUUUCACUGCCAUACUGGGACUACACAAUGGACUCCUACCUGCCCCGACCCGCGGACUCCCUCGUCUGGUCACCCUGCUUCUUUGGAAAUGGGGUCGGCAAGAUCACAGAGGGGCCUUUCGCAGGCAUGUUCGGGGGAUUCAAUGUUGAUAUAGUGAGGGACUAUGCCCCUGGUGGAAAAUGCCCGCCGGAGCUCAUUAGCAAGAACGAUUUUGACAGACUGAUGAAGUUUUGUUAUUUUAAGAACAUCACCACAGGAUCCGGCCCAUACUACGGUAACCCUAACAACCUAGAGCUGCUUCAUGACAACGUGCAUGACUGGGUAGGAGGAGACAUGUCACAAAUUGCCUUCUCAUCGUUCGACCCCGUAUUCUGGAUGCAUCACACCUAUAUUGACUACGUCUGGGAGCGUUUCCGCAGGCAUCAAAAAAAGAACUGCAAACAUGUUGACGUCGAAAGUGACUACCGGCCGGAAAGAGACCUCUCCCAGAACAAUGCGCCAGGCCAUUCCCUCACUAGUCCCAUGCACGGAUUUGAGUAUCUACAGGUGCGACAAGGACUUUCCAACAUAUGGACAUCCCUGUACUACGAUUAUGAGGAUCACCCAGUCUGCCCUGACUGUGGAAACUCGGAAAACCUCUAUUGCGACAAGACUGUCGACCCAACCCGACCGAAGGGUGUCUGUGUUACCAAGACGCAUUUUUUCUGUGUUCAGCCAAGUGUGCAGUUGUCGGAGACACUGGUGUGGAAUCCUAAAAAGGAGUUGGACAUGCAGCAUCAAGGCCUACCAGGAGACGGCCAAACCGGACAUGUUGGUCAUAAUAAGAGCCGCAUACUUGCCUCAGAGCUCAAUAUUGGAUACCUGACAGUGCCUAAUUCUUCCAAGACCAUCUUUCAAUCAUUUGAUAGUCGUCUGCUUGUGUUCUGUAUUGUCACAUGUUCUGUCUUUAUCAUUCUGUUAAACUGAUACGCGAUGUAAGUGUAUCCUAUGUUAGAAAGAGUACGCUAUAAUAUAUAAGUAUACUUAAGACAUACAAUGUAUAUAAUAUAUGUAGAUUAUAAUGAAACAUUUAUCAUAGUCUAGAAAAAUGAAUUUAUUUUUUUACAAAAUUGACAUGAAGCCAUUAUUUUUCUACAAUCAGUUAGUCUAGAAGGUCGUGAGGCAACUAAGAUGGUCAGUCAAAUGUAUUAUUCUAUCAUAUCACCAAUGUCUUGUUACACUGCCUUUCAUCUUGUCAGCAAAACAAACAUUUCAGAUACAGCCGUAUGCAUUUAUAAACACAUUACAUCAACACAUUAAUGGCUCAGUUGCAAUCAAUUCACAAUGUAGUUCUUUCAAUACUAUGCGAAUAGUUAUAGUGUUAGUCUAAAAAAUACCAAGUUGAUCCAAUCCAAUGCAAAGAAAAGUAAGCCAGGGGCAGCUGUUGGGAUCUGCAUCAUACAUUCAAGUCUCUGUGAUCCAAUGUCCGAAAUGACGACAUUAUUAUCAAACCUGCUUUAUAAUUCACUUUACGCCUUUCCGUGUAUCCCGUCCAAUAAACAUUUUAAGAUUCC